UGUGAGUUCUGGCUGGGCAUAAAAAAUAUGGAGACCGUUUUCUCUAUAAUUUGGGUAAUUGGAAUCCGUAAUGAUGCCAUUAACGCGGUGAGAGAAAAGGUGGUGCUGUAUAAAUCUCUACAAAUUUAAUUCGAUCUCAUCCGUUCAUGUCGCGUCAAAGUAGGAAAGAAUUCGUGUUUUGAAAGUCGUUUAAAGUGGAGGUUUGCUGAUCAUUGGAUUGCAUAGGGCAGCACGGGGCAGUGGGCCUUCUCAAUUGGUGUAAAGCUCUAUAAGAGAGAGAGGUCACAAGGUGCCCUAACAACCCGGUUGAGAUUUGUUUACCGUGCUAGGGUAUAGAGCUCGCUGUAGACUGCCAAAAUAAGUUAAAAAUCAUCUGAUCUGUGCGAGAAAUUUGACUGUGAAACGACGGAGAUGGGGUUGAACAGAGUCCCGUGGUUUGUGUUUGUCGUUAUGGCUGCAUUGUUGAUGUCACCCAUGUGCCAAGGAAUAGUACACUAUCACAAGUGGAAGAUCAAUUAUCAGAAUUGGUCACCUGACUGCAUGCAGCUGCCGGUUAUUUCCAUCAAUGGUCAGUACCCCGGUCCCACUAUCAGAGCCCGAGCUGGAGACACCGUUAUGGUUCAAUUGGAGAACCAAAUGCCAACGGAAAAUGUCGUCAUUCACUGGCAUGGCAUUCGCCAGAUCGGUAGCCCCUGGAACGAUGGAACGCCGUCCAUGUCUCAGUGUGCUAUUAACACUGGCGAGACUUAUACUUACAAAUUUAUUGUAGACAGGCCAGGAACAUACUUUUAUCAUGGUCACUACGGGCUGCAGCGAUCGGCCGGCUUGUAUGGAUCUUUAAUAGUCGAUCCGGCCGGAAAAGAGCCUUUCUCGUAUGACGGCGAGUUAAGCAUCGUUUUAAAUGACUGGUGGCACGCCAGCACCUACGAGCAGGCCGUAGGCCUCUCCUCCACUCCUUUUGUCUGGAUCGGAGAGCCUCAGUCACUGUUAAUAGAAGGAAGAGGAAAGUUCAAUUGCUCCCCUGUUUCUGCAGACAGUAGCAGCACCUGCAACGCCACUCACACGCAAUGCACGCCUCACAUUCUCUCGGUGAAGAGCGGCAAGACAUAUCGUCUGCGCAUUGCGAGCGUAGCUUCAUUAUCCGCCCUCAAUUUUCUCAUCCAGGGACACAAAAUGACGAUUGUGGAGGCCGACGGGCACUACGUGGAACCAGUGGAGCUAGAAAACCUAGAUGUGUAUUCUGGCGAAUCUUAUUCUGUUUUGGUAAAAGCAAAUCAGGAUCCUGCCCAUAACUACUGGGCGUCGCUAAAUGUUAGAGGAAGGAAACCCAAAACUCCAACGGGUCUAGCCAUUUUUAACUAUCUUCCAAAUCCUUCCACAAUGCUUCCCAUCUCACCGCCACCGCCCAGCCCUCUCUGGAACGACUUCGCCUACAGCAAAGCCAUGGCGAAAAAGAUUGUGGCGCUCAAAGGCCACGAAGAAUCUCCCCCUCCUCAAUCCCACAGGCAGCUCAUCUUACUCAACACACAGAACAAAAUCAACGGUUUCCUUAAAUGGGCAAUCAACAAUAUUUCUCUGGUUCCUCCACCCACUCCAUAUUUGGCUGCAAUGAGGUAUAAAAUUCAUGGCGCCUACAAUACUGCUGCACCUCCGGAUGUUUACAGUCCCCGAGAUCACAAAAUUUUUGUUCCUCCUCCAAACCCUAACGCCACCGAAGGAAACGGAGUAUAUGUAUUCAAAAUGAACUCCGUUGUGGAUGUGAUUCUGCAAAAUGCAAAUACGCUUACUCCAAAUAACUCAGAGAUCCAUCCAUGGCACCUGCACGGUCACGAUUUUUGGAUCCUCGGUUAUGGAGAAGGCGUGUUCGACCCGGAAAAGGAUCCCAAAAACUAUAAUUUGGUGAAUCCUCCCCUUCGUAACACAGUACCACUGUUUCCUUAUGGCUGGACGGCAUUUCGGUUCAAAGCUGACAAUCCAGGCGUGUGGGCAUUCCACUGUCAUUUGGAGGCCCACCUGUUUAUGGGAAUGGCUGUCAUGUUUGCUGAAGGUGUCGAGAGAGUCGGGAAAAUUCCCAGAUCCUCCAUGGGAUGUGGGCUAACCAGGAACAGAUUCAUGCACCAUAAAUGAUCAAAUUAGCACUAGUAUUAUUCUAUUUUUUAGCUUUUUGAUGACGAGGGCCACCUCUGAAUUAUUUUGGUCUGUGGAGCGUUAAUCAUUAGUAUUUGUUUGUACUUUUAAUGUAAACUAUAUCGUUGGAGGAUUGUGCUAUCAAUCUGUAUUAUUAUUCUAUUUGUAAUCAUAAUAGAUGAUAAACUUGACAAUCA